UUGGCACUCCCCGACGAGCUGCUUCGCUGGUGUGAGUGUGAGAGAUCGGGGAAUGGCGUCGUCUUCUCCGACUCAGCGGACUCACGUCCCGAUUCCUCCUGAUUCAGGUGGCAGUUCUUUGAGUCAAGAAGCUAAUGAGCCACCAGUUCCUAUUCACAUAGUGACAGAUGCUUCGCAACUUCCUAUUGAGUUCCUCAACCCCACUCCUGAAAAAAAGUUGGUAAUUGGCUUUGACUGCGAGGGUGUUGACCUUUGCCGUCAUGGCAAGCUUUGUAUUAUGCAGAUUGCAUUCCCAGAUGCAAUAUACUUAGUUGAUGUCAUCGAAGGUGGAGAGGUUAUUAUGAAAGCCUGUAAGCCUGCACUCGAGUCUAAUUACAUCACAAAAGUUAUUCACGAUUGCAGACGCGAUAGUGAGGCCUUGUACUUCCAGUUUGGGGUUAGGUUGCAGAAUGUUGUGGACACCCAGAUUGCUUAUUCUCUGAUAGAGGAACAAGAAGGCAGGAAAAGACCCCUAGAUGACUAUAUAUCGUUUGUUUCCCUCCUUGCAGAUCCACGCUACUGCGGCAUAUCCUAUGAAGAGAAAGAAGAAGUCCGUCUCCUCCUACGUCAGGAUCCAAAUUUUUGGACUUACAGGCCAUUGUCUGAGCUAAUGGUCCGUGCAGCAGCAGAUGAUGUCCGCUUCCUUCUCUAUAUAUAUCACAAGAUGACGGAGAAACUGAACCAGCGUUCCUUAUGGCACCUUUCAGUUCGUGGUGCCUUGUACGCCCGAUGUUUUUGCCUAAACGAUAAUGAUUUUGCCGAUUGGCCUUCCCUUCCUCCGAUUCCAGAUAGCCUGAAGAAAGAGGGGGAGAAUCUCGAAGAAGAGAUCCUUUCGGUGCUUGAUGUUCCUCCGGGAAAGAUGGGUCGUGUCAUCGGACGAAAGGGAUGCUCCAUCCUUUCAAUCAAGGAAUCUUGCAAUGCGGAGAUCCUAAUAGGAGGCUCCAAAGGUCCGCCGGACAAGAUAUUCGUAAUUGGGCCAGUGAGGCAGGUACGAAAGGCAGAAGCAUUACUGAGAGGAAGAAUGGUGGAUUUCUUCUGAGUCCAGAGACCUCUCUCCCUCCCAUCUGUAACUGUUGCACCCCCACCCUCCCCAACUUGUGGAAACUCUUUGAUCCCCUUGCCAAGAUCCCUCGAGAGUCCCAAUUUCAAUAAUAAUAAAAAAGUUGCACAUUUCAGAGGGUUU